ACACACGUGACUUCACACGAAACCAGGACCAAUGGGCUUCCAGGAUGAGUGGCCACAGAUAACGGACCCCAACACACACAAAUUAACCGUUUUCUGUUACUAAUCAUGCGAAUCAUCCCGGACCGCUGAGUUUUGAUGCAACAUUACUUCGCACAGGGAGGCAGAAGAUGCCGGACACCGACCUAGAAACACGCUGAAUCUGGGAGAUGUCUCUGGCUCAGAGGGUUUUGUUGACCUGGGUCUUCACCCUGGUCUUCCUCAUCAUGCUAGUACUGAAACUGGAUGGGAAGGUGCAGUGGAACUGGUUCCUCAUCUUCCUCCCGGUGUGGGUAUUUGACGGCAUCCUCAUCCUCAUGCUUGCCAUCAAGAUGGCGGGCCGCUGCAAGCCCGGGUACGACCCGCGCAACGGCUCCCCGGACCUGCGUCUGCGCGCCUGGUACCUGACGGCCAUGCUGCUCAAGCUGGGCUUCUGCCUGACGCUGUGCGCCAAGCUGGAGAAGCUGGCGGACGUGAAGCUGACGUUUGUGUGCAUCCCACUGUGGACCAUGUUACUGGGGGCACUGGUGGAGCUGGGGAUGAAUAUCUUUCCUGAAAGGAGAGACGCCUAAGAAGGAGGAACUGUUCCGCCCGAUUAUGUUUUCAGAAAAGACAUUCGUAUUCAUCUAAAGAAUAAGAGACUUUCUGUAAAAGUACAAAUCAUAGUGUGUUCAGACCUCGGUGGAGUUAAUGUCCGUCCAUUCAUGUUUAAAAUAGCUUUAAAAAAUUGUAUUAUUCUCUUUAUAAAGAAAAACAAAUGCCAAAAGGGGAUCAACUGUACAUGUAUAAGACUACUGUGAAUCCUACACUGGAAGAAACGAUAAGAUCCUCUAAUGUUUGCUUUUGAAGAUGUUUGGUAUUGUUUUCUUGUGCUUAUUUUCACUGUAUAUAAGCUCUUGUAAAGAACACGAGUCAAAUGAUUAUUCCUGUUUAUUUAAGUUGCUGUCUCUUGGUACCAAAUCAUGGAGUGGACGUUUCUGCCACGUGCUUCAGAUAUUGUGUAAUUUUAUUUAGACGCGUACUUCGUUUCAUUCCUGAACUGCGAAAAUCAGUCGGCCGAGUAUUAUCACACAGGUUCUAAAUUAACUUGAGAUGUUAAUUUGAAGAAAUUGUUCACGAUAUAUAAAAAGCAUCUUGGAACAACUUGUCUUUUUCCACAGGCGGCUGCCCUCCCUGCUCCGUACAAGGUCUCUUUUGUACAUCAUGUGCUCCAUAAAAAUAACUACGCUGUUAUGACUGUCGGUACAAGGUUCACGGUCGGGAGGAAAAGUAUGUGACACGUCCCACGAUGAAGACCACGUCCCCGCUGGGUAUUGAGCUCCAUUAUUACCUUCGCAUUGGAAAUGCGGAAGGUUAUGUUUUGAUAGCCGUGUAUUUAUUUAUUUGUAUGCGUGUUCCUCGCAUAACAAAAAAGGUUUUAAACCGAAUCGCAUGAAAUUUGGUGGGAUGGUUGGUUAUUGUCCGGGGACCAUUUGAUUAGAUUUUGGGAUCGAUCAGGUCAAAGGUCAAGGAAAGGUCAAAAUCUUCUUGAAUCGCAUGGAAUUUGGUGGGAUUAUUGGUUAUUAUCUGGGAACCAUUUGAUUAGAUUUUGGGAUUGAUCGGGUCAAAGGUCAUGGUCAAGGAAAGGUCAAAAUCUUCUUUUUACCAUAGCGAGGACAAUUUCUAUCCAAUUGGCAUGCAACUAAUGCCAAAAUGUUCAUAAUUCAAUGCCCAAUCUUGUGAUAUGCGAAGGUAUGCGCUCUACCGAGUGCCUGUUCUAGUUAGGCUUUAAAAUGCUUCCGAAUACUUUUAUUAGCAGUUUUUUAGGUUCUUCUACUUUUCUUUCAUGGUAUGUAAAACAUUUUUGUGCCAUUCAAUUGUUUCUAAGUAUUUAAAAUACAUUAUUUGCGCUAUUUUGCACCGUGUUGAAAAAGGAAUGUGAUUUGAGGUCAAGUGCUUGCUAAUGAAUGCACGUCUCGUAAGAAAUAAAUGGAUCGUGUACAUUGAA